AUGAAUCCGGACGCGUCCUCUUGGAAGCCAUCGGCCGCGGCAGCGGCAUGGACUCCCGUCGGCACGGCAAGCCCAGCCCCUGCCCCACCGGCUCCCACUCCAGCCAAUACACCCGCCACACAACGACAAGAGUCCAUGGAAGAAUCCGACAUUGAUGAGAAUGAUCCCCUCUGGCAGGCUGUGCUCAAAAUUGCCGAAGGUGAUCGAGCACGCGCCGAAAAGAUGUUGGCGGAUCCAGAUCAAUUGGCUCAGUAUCCAGAGAUAGUAGCUCUACUAGCGGCAGGAGGAGAAGGAGACGAUUGGGAGGCAGACUUGGCAGAAGAAACCAAAGAAAAAAUGACUGUAGAAGAGCCACCAUCAAAGCCGGAAGCGGCAAAGCCAAUGGAAGUGGCUGAGGAGCCGGCAAUUGACCCUGCUUCACUGAAAGAAGGUGAUCCUCGUGAGCAUUUGAACUUAGUCUUUAUUGGUCACGUUGAUGCAGGAAAGUCAACUUUGAGUGGAAACAUCCUGUAUUUGACAGACAACGUCGACAAACGAACAAUUGAACGCUACGAAAAGGAGGCCAAGGAACGCAACCGUGAAUCAUGGUUCUUGGCAUUCAUCAUGGACACAAACGAAGAGGAACGAGCCAAGGGAAAGACAGUCGAAGUUGGAAAAGCCCACCUUGAAACAGACAUCAAACGAUACACCAUUCUCGAUGCCCCAGGUCACAAAAACUACGUACCCAAUAUGAUCAUGGGAGCCAGUCAAGCCGACGUUGGUGUUCUUGUCAUCUCGGCUCGUAAGGGAGAAUUCGAAACUGGUUUUGAUCGUGGUGGCCAAACCCGAGAACACGCCAUGUUGGCCAAGACGUUGGGUGUAUCCUUCCUCGUUGUUGUGGUCAACAAGAUGGAUGACCCUACAGUGCAGUGGAAAAAGGAACGUUACGAUGAAUGUGUCACGAAACUGCGUCCUUUCCUGAAAGGGUGUGGGUUUGUCAUCAAACGAGAGGUCAAGUUCCUUCCCAUCUCUGGGCUGAGUGGUGCCAAUGUGAAGGAUGAGGUAGACCCAUCAGUCUGUCCGUGGUGGAAGAAGAGCUACACGAAUGGCGACAACAACACAAGUAUCCCAACCCUCAUUAGCCUGUUAGAUUCUUUGGAAAUCAAGGGACGCGACCCGGCGGCUCCACUGCGCAUUCCUGUGAUUGAACGAUACACGGAUCGCGGAACAAUUGCCAUGGGCAAGGUGGAGAGUGGAAUUAUCCGUGUUGGCAUGAAGGUGACUUUGAUGCCCACAAGGAAUACUUACAAAGUUGGUGGGGUGUGGGCGAAUGAAGAUCCCGUUGCGGGAGCACGACCGGGUGAGAAUGUGUUGGUGAAAUUGGAUGGUGCAGGAGUGGAAGAUGUUCGAAAAGGUUUUGUUAUUUGCACACAGCCGACCUGUCGAGCAGUGGACAAAAUCAUUUGCAAGAUACACGUGAUGGAUAUGCCCGACAACACAAAGAUUAUGACAGCAGGGUUCCAAGCGAUCUUCCACGCCCAUGCAUGUGAAGAGGAGUGCACAUUGGUCAAGAUCUUCGAGACAACAAAUCGUAAGAAGCUAGUUCAGAAGGGUGCGCGUUUUGCUAGCGUCGGUAUGCAAGUGAUCUGUAUGCUCGAGUUGGCACGAACAGUUCCCGUGGAGACGUUCGAGGACAUGAAUUUUCUGGGACGAUUCACACUCCGAACGGAAGGAAAGACUGUUGCCAUUGGUAUCAUCACCAAGCUUCCACCUCGAAAGGAUUAA